AUGAGUGAAAUACUGAGUAGACAGUCCAACAAUGUCUUCACCCCACCCCUGAAGCGCAUGCAAGUUAGCAAACCUGCAGAGUUCUUUACCGCCACAGAAGUUGAACGGGAUGCAGUAACAACUCAUUACAUUAACAUCGAAGAAAAGGAUGCAAUGCUGGAAAUAGAUGAUAUAGAUGCACGUUCAGCUGCUGGAUUUGAUGGAUUCCCAGCAAUCCUGCUCGAGUCAUGCAAACGAGUCUUUGCAAACGAGUCAUGCAAACGAGUCUUUGCAAAACCAUUGCAACUACUUUUACAGAGCUUCCUCGCAAAUGGUAAGCUCCCGGACGCACUAAAGGAGGGAAUAUUAUGCCCCAUCCAUAAAGGAGGAAGCAGAGCAGAUGCUAAAAACUACAGGCCUAUCCCUCUGACCUCACACAUCAGCAGAGUCAUGGAACGAACAGUCCGAAGGAAAUUAAUUGCUUUCCUUCAAGAGUAUGACUGCAUGGCUUCGACAAAUUAA